CCUAUAACAAGGCAGGAGGGACUAGGUGGGACAUCCACAGAGAGAAAGGAAUUCUGAGGAAUGUAACUCUUAGCUUUUCCUCCUCAGCACUUUGUUCCCUGUAAUAACGACUCGACUCUGAGACUUCUUAUUUAUUAAUAAAUGCCUCAGCCAUAAGCUUCAGCUUGUUCUCCAGCUGGCUUAUAACUCAACUGUCCCUUUUAUUCUAACCUGAGUUCAGCUACAUGGCUUGUUUCCUCUCCGUUCUGAGGAGAAUCUCCCAUGUCGGACUAUUUCCUAGAAUUCCUUUCUUUCCCUGCCAGAACUCCCACCUCCUAUUUCCUGCCUCAGCUUAUUGGCCAUAAGAUUUUUUAUUGAAAGGUGAUGCUUCCAUACAGUCCAUUACUAUACUGGCUGGUUUUGUGUGUCAACUUGACACAAGUUAGAAUCACCAGAGAGGAAGGAACCUCACUCGAGGAAAUGCCUCCAUGAGAUGCAGCUGUAAGGCAUUUUCACAAUUAGUCAUCAAUGUGGAAGUGCCCAACCCAUGGUGGGUAGUGCCAUCCCUGGGCUGGUGGUCCUGGGUUCUACAAGAAAACAAGCUGAGCAAGCCAUGGGAAGCAGGCCAGUAAGCAGCAUUCCUCCAUAGCCCCUGCAUCAGCUCCUGCCUCCAGGUUCUAGCCCUGCUUGAGUUCCUGUCCUGACUUCCUCCAGUGAUGAAUUAUGAUCUGGCAGUGUAAGCUGAAUAAACCCUUUCCUUCCCAAUUUGCUUUUUGGUCAGGUGUUUUACCCUGGCAAUAGAAACCCAAACUAAGACAAUCACUGAGAAAAGUCAGGCAGGAGGUCAAGACAAGAACUGAAGGAUAGGCCAUGGUGGAACACUGCUUACUCUCAUGGCUUGCUCAGCCUGCUUUAUUUAAGAACCACCAGUAUAGGAAGAGCAUCUCUCUCCCUCCUCCUCCACACUAUGGAAUGGGUUAAAUGCACUAUAUUCUUGCCUACAGGAAAAUCUUACAUUGGGGUACUUUCUCAAUUGAGAGUCCCUCUUCUCAAAUGACUCUAGCUGUGUUAAGUUGACAAAAGCCAACCAAUGAACCAGGCCACUGACUUUAAGUGGCGGUUUUUUGCAUUAUCAUUGAACUUGGGUUGGGCUUCACUUCUGGCCUUCAGAGGAUUAAGAGAAUAAAUUCAUUCUAUUCAUUUGCUUGAGACAGGGUCAAGUUAUGCAACUCAAACUGCCAUUUAACCCUCAAUCUUCCUUCCUCUGCCUUCUAAGGUUUGUGAUACACGUGACCUAAAACUUGUACUUUUUUUUUUUUUUUUGGUGACACGAUUUCUCUGUGUAGCCCUGGCUGUCCUGGAACUCACCCUGUAGACCAGGCUGGCCUCAAACUCAGAAAUCCGCCUGCCUCUGCCUCCCAAGUGCUGGAAUUAAAGGCGUGCGCCACCAUGCCCAACUAAAACUUGUACUUUUAAGGCAUGAAAUUUGAGGUAAUUUUUCUUACAAUAGUAAUAGAAUGUAUUUUAGGGGAGGUAUUCUGAAAUCAUGCAAAACUUGUUUUACCUCAAAUUUUCAUCCAUUAAUUUUCAGACCUAUCCAGGGGAUUUUGUCUGCCACAAGUAAUGGUGGGUUUUUUUUUCUCUAUUUCCUAUUAUAUUUAUUAAUCAGAACUCCAUAGUAGGGUGGAACUAUCCUGUCUCCCCUUUAUUUAUGACAUAUUUGAGCCUACACAGUCUCCUGUUCUGUGGGCAUAAAGCAGCACCAUUAUCAUGAGUUGGUGCUCACAUGGCCCGUGCUCCAACAGGUGACGGGGUUUUUGAGCUACUCUUACACCCUGUGAAGGUGGAUCUGUUUUGGGAGUACUUUCUCGAUUGUUGGGGAAUUAGAUUACUGAGGCUGUUGUAACAAAAAUAACCACCUAGUAGGUGUCUUAUAAAUAAUCCAGAUUACCACUCACAGUUCUGAAGGCUGGCAAUCCAAGGUCAUGGCAUGUUCAGUACACAGAGAGGACUGCUUCCUACCUCAGACAUAGCACCGUGCCUGUCACCUCCUAGAUCCCCUGCUUUCUGCUACUAUCUCCUUAGGCAGUGGGAACUCACUCACUUAGGGGUGGCGGGCACACAGCAAUACCAGCUGAUGACACCACCUAUUCCUUCCACAGAUACGGCUCUGCACUGAUGAGGGUUGCCUACAGUAGAACUAAUCUCAGGCACUGGCAAUCAGAAUCUGUAAUUCUGAGCAGGCUGGGGAAGCUGAUUUUUUACAUCUGCUAGACUCAAGCUGGGAGAGCUUAUGCAUGCCUCCAACGAUGGUGGUGGUCUUCUACAUUCUUCAGCUUCCCUGAACAAAUGCUCAGACUGGCCACCAGCUCUUCUCUAGCCAGACCAUUUGAUCUCAUUAGCAUUUAUUUUUGCAAUGACAAACUCACAUAACCAAAACAAACAGCAAUGACAAAGACUUCCUCAUCUCCUUCAGAGUGAAAGUGCAAGUCUCUUAUUUACAGUGUUAAUUACGUGAAAAUGUUGCUUGUUAGUUUCCCAUUCUAGCUGCCACCCUGUUAACAGUGAACUCUUGUUCCCGUCCAAGCAGACAUCCAUUUCUACUCUAAGGAUUCUAAGAUGGGCAGAGCAGGGAUCCUGAAGCCCUUAAUUCUAGUGAUCACAUUCUGAGAGCUGGCUUGGCACUUAGAAUUGGCUGUCUUCAGCUGCUUGAAAGCAAGGGGUGGUGGGGAAGGUAAGGGUUUUACUGCCAAGACUACAAUGUCUAACAGGGUGCCCAGGCUCCACCAGGGCCAAGAUAAACAAGUCUCAUUUUGACAGGACCUGAUGUUACCUUUGAACCACACAAGAACUGCUUGUCUUUGGCUUUCAACUGUAAGGAACUUAAUAAAUGUUGGUUACCUUAAAUACGCGACCUUCCCUACAAGUUAGAAAAAUAAAAGAAAUUCUUCGGGCACCCAAGGCCCUCCAUGAGACUUUUAUGGCUCCAAGAUACUUAAGACACUUAACUUUUUGUCUUAUUUAUUUAUUUAUUUUCAGAGCUGAGGUCCAAACCCAGGGCCUUGUGCUUGCCAGGCAAGCGCUCUACCACUGAGCUAAAUCCCCAACCCCGACACUUAACUUUUAAAUUUCAUUUAAAACUUUAAAUAAUGGGCCGGGCAUGGUGAUACACACUUUAAUCUCAGAACUCGGGGCUCUUUGAGUUCCAAGUCAGUCUGAUCUACAUAGCGAGUCCGUUUAAAAAAAAAAAAGUUUAAAUCAUGUUGGACUACCCGCUGCAAUGUCAGUUGGUCAACUUCGUGAAAACACCGCUCCGCACUGAGUAGUUUGAAAAAGCAAAUUCGCAAUGCCUUCAAUUUUAAAAAAAAGAAACACGAUUCUGUCAGAAAUGGUUAAGAACGUCCGCACAUGAGUUUUAGGACAGUGUCACUGCAAGGCCGAGGCUGGGUUGCAAAGCACACACCUGGGAUACUCGGUUCCCUAGUGGAGCCCAAACGCCAGGACUACAAACCUCGGCCUGAACCACAGAACACCUAAUUGGGCAGGCACGCAGACCACACGCGCAGGCGCACAAGAGUCCUACGGGGGCAGUAUCUCACCACACUGUUCGCUUCCGCGCUGGGCGCCAAAUAAGUCUCCAGGCCCGCCCGGCCCGUGCGUGCGCGGCCUCGGUGUUGCGUCACUAGGAAGCGCGCGCCCGAGCCGCCGCCGCCGCCGCCGCCGCCGCCGAAUCCCCAACAAGGAGCGAAGGCUGCGGCCGCCACCGCCACCACCCGCCGCCGCACCCGUCACAGCCGGGCGCCGGAGCAGGCCCGUGUGGGCCCAGGACUUCAGACUCUGGAGAAGUGACACUGCUGACUUCUGAGCCAUGGCAACCCCAGAUGUGAGCGUCCACAUGGAGGAGGUGGUGGUUGUGACAACUCCAGACACUGCAGUUGAUGGCAGUGGUGUAGAGGAAGUGAAGACAGUGCUUGUAACAACGAACCUAGCUCCUCAUGGGGGUGAUUUGACAGAAGAUAACAUGGAAACAGAAAAUGCAGCAGCUGCAGCUGCUGCUGCUUUUACAGCCUCCUCACAGCUCAAGGAAGCCGUGUUAGAUGGCUGAAGAGGGGGAGAACUUAGAGGCUGAAAUUGUGUACCCCAUCACUUGCGGAGACAGCAGAGCUAACCUCAUUUGGAGGAAGUUUGUGUGCCCUGGCAUCAAUGUGAAAUGUGUUCAGGUGAGGGUCAGUAUGAUGAACAUGUGAUCAGCCCAAAGGAGUUUGUGCACCUGGCAGGGAAAUCUACCUUGAAGGAUUGGAAGAGAGCCAUCCGGAUGAAUGGCAUCAUGCUCAGGAAGAUCAUGGACUCUGGAGAGCUAGACUUCUACCAGCAUGACAAGGUCUGCUCUAAUACUUGCCGCAGCACGAAGAUUGACCUUUCAGGGGCACGUGUAUCCCUGAGCAGUCCUACAUCCACAGAAUACAUCCCACUCACACCAGCUGCAGCUGAUGUGAAUGGCUCACCUGCCACCAUCACCAUAGAGACCUGUGAGGACCCUGGUGACUGGACCACAACCAUUGGAGAUGACACAUUUGCAUUCUGGCGGGGAUUAAAGGAUGCGGGCUUACUGGAUGAAGUCAUACAGGAAUUUCAACAGGAGCUAGAGGAAACCAUGAAAGGCCUGCAGCAGCGAGUGCAGGACCCACCCCUGCAGCUCCGAGAUGCUGUCCUCCUCAACAACAUCGUGCAAAACUUUGGCAUGCUGGAUCUGGUGAAGAAGGUACUGGCCAGCCACAAGUGUCAGAUGGAUCGUUCCCGGGAACAGUAUGCACGGGACCUGGCAGCCCUGGAGCAGCAGUGUGAUGAACAUCGCCGCCGUGCCAAGGAGCUGAAGCACAAGUCCCAGCACCUCAGCAAUGUGCUCAUGACGCUGACCCCGGUUCCAUUGCCAUCCCCUAUGAAGCGGCCCCGUCUCGCCCGGGCUACAUCUGGACCAGCUGCUAUGGCUUCCCAGGUGCUCACACAGUCUGCACAGAUUGCUUUGAGUCCAGGAAUGCCUGUGUCCCAGUUGACCAGUGUGCCACUGGGCAAAGUAGUAUCUACACUGCCCUCCACUGUCCUGGGCAAGGGCUCUCCUCAAGCUGCCCCAGCCAGUUCACCGGCCUCCCCACUGCUCGGAGGCUACACAGUUCUGGCCUCCUCUGGCUCUACCUUCCCCAACGCAGUCGAGAUCCAUCCGGACACUUCCAGCCUCACAGUUUUGAGCACAGCCGCCAUGCAGGAUGGCAGCACAGUACUGAAGGUAGUCAGCCCCUUGCAGCUGCUCACCCUGCCUGGCCUGGGACCCACCCUACAGAAUGUGGCUCAGGCAUCACCUGCAGGCAGCACCAUUGUGACAAUGCCUACAGCAACUGCCACUGGACCUGAGGAGCACACGGCCACUAUUGAGGUGGCUGCUGUAGCAGAGGACCAUGAGCAGAAGUAGCUGGCAGGGAGGGUAAAAUCCUUCCAAGAUGGGCUGGCUGCCUCUCCUCAGGCCACUGCAGGCAGAGGCCACUACGGACACAGGCCACAGGGCUGGCUCAGCACAAGCAGGUCUGAUGGGCUGAACCAAAGAGAGGAUUGCCGGAUGAAUCAAGAGAAGAAAAGGGGGCAGAAUGUUGCCAGCAACCUGGAAAAUCUGUCUUCAACAUAUAAACUUCCUCCCCUUUUUUUGUGGGAAAUACUCUUUUCCAUCUGUUGCUUAUUAAUCCUGUUUACACAUUGGGCCUUGAGCAGGAACCAGAGGGUCACUGACCAGGAGGAGGCCUGGGUGCUUCUGGUACAGCUACAGAGCCAGCACCAGAGCCCAGCUAAUUAUAGGUCCUAGUGCCUGCACCCCCAUGGGGCUGAGCCUGCUGGGACAUUAUUGACACAUGUCUUAGGCAGCAUGCCUGAGUGUGGAAGCCAUAGAUCCUAUGGAUUUGGUCUCUUCCCACAGUUCUCUGUUGGUUCAGUAUGGCCAGUGUCCAUGUUCCUUCGCUGGUGGGAACAUGCCCUGGGGAUAAAUGCAGACCCCAGUCAGGACCCCAUCCCCACCCCACAGGCACUCAGGUGGUGAAGGGGUCUCAUGGACCUGGCAUGUUCUAGACCCCUUUGCACAUGGGCUGCAGGUGUUUUUAAGUGAAUUGCUUAGUAGCCUUCUAGGGAAAAAUCAAAUUUAUAGUGUUUUCAACCAAAACAAUGUUGAGUGCCUAGGCUCCUAAGUCAGUUCUAGGAGGGACCCAGGGCACCAAUAUAUACACACCUAGCCAGGUGCUAGAGGUCUUAAGUAGUGUCUUUCCCUGAGACAAAGCUCUGGAAGAUUCUUGUGGAGGUAUGCCUGAGACUUGGAAUAGUUUAAAUGACUCUCUGUGUGCAGCUGGCACUUGUACUCCCCUAUGGUUGCCACCCCCCGCCCCGCCCCCCAAUCUCUCCCUCUCCUGGAGGUGGAGCUAGGCCUCUCUGGCCAAUACUCAGUGUCUCUAUCCUGAGAGCUCCGGGGUAUGUAAGGCUGUUUAGAGUGGUGGGUUGGUCAGCUGGAAGACAGGAUCCAAAAUGUUCCAUGGAAGGCUGUCUUUAGGCUGUUGGGCCUGUGCUAGGGGCUACCUAGGCAAGAGUUUUUGGAGCCAAACAAUUCAGGGAACAAAGUUUUGGCCUCUUGGUAAAGGAUGUCCUGGGAUAGUCCUAAGUUGUCUCUUGAAUCUCCUGUUCUGUCAAUUGAAGGCUUUCCUUUCAAGGGCCCCACAGCAGGAAGGGCCACUGUCCCAUUUCACUGCUUUGAAGGCUACCUUGUCCUUCCAUCCAUGCAUCCCCUCGAGUGCCCAGAUUGCUUUUACACCAUUGCUGUGACUGGGCCCUUCCCUGCCCCUGCUCUCACCCCAUGUCAUGCUACUGAGGUUCUUGUUUUCCCUCUGUUCCAUCACUGUUCACUGUGGCCACGAAUCAGCUGGGUUUAGCAGAUGUUUACCUGUUUAUGUAUAUACUCCUUUUUAAAAACUUGUUUUAUUUUUUCAUUGAGUUUCAAGUCCUGUUAUAUGCAGCUGUGUGACUUUAGGGGCAUUGGGAGGACCAGCAGGGUGGGUACUUCCUUGAAGUCCCUGCUCUACAAGCUCAGACUAGAUUAAUGUCACAAAUAAAACCUUCCUGCCCUAGGAACCAAGAGUCUUUCCUUGGCACAAGCCCCAGAUGUCAUUUGCUUUGGGGGAUGUGGGCCAGUUCCCUUUCUUCAUAAGAGCAAGGUUGAAACAUUUUUGGCCCUUGCCCCUUAGAGCAUGGAGGUACUGGAAGGUGAAAUUUAUUUCAGAGCCAUACGAAAAUAAUUCUCAAAUCAGCUUCAGAAUUAGUUCAUAGCACUCCUUCCCAGUAUCCUCAGAGGCUGUCUACAGCCUACCCUCCAAGGCAGCUUCUAGCAGGACAGAGAAGGACCAAUAGUCCCGUCUGCAUGGAACCCUCAGUUCUGGGAGAGGAAGUGUUAUCACUGCCCCACCACCUGUUAGUACCUGCCUCUCUGGUUCCUACUGACUUCUAUUGCUGUGUUCCCUGCUUGUUGGGCCAUUUAGGACCCAGGAAGGAAGGUCUUCCCCCUCCACAUGCAAACACGGGUGCUUGUGGCUGCUUUCAGUUUGGUUUUCUGAAAAGAUAGGACAGGAUUUGGUUUUGCAGAGGGUGCAAGCUCCUUUCCAUGCCUGCCCAGGAGGCACGCAGAAGGGCAAGUUUGAGUUCUUUGAGUUCUACUUUGUAUGUGUUUAGCAAGUAUCUGCUUGGUACUUUGAUUUAAAAUAAAAACACUUUUAUAAUUCG